AUGAAGCUGAACCGACAGUUACAGAUUUUCCUGCUGCUUGUCCUUCAUUACAGGGCAACUUCACAAACAAGUGUAGUAACAGCCGUGGACGAUCAGUACUGUUUCACGGAUACGGGUGAUCAUGGCCUGUGCGUGUAUCAAUAUCAAUGUUUAGAUGGUCGCAUUAAUUAUUAUGGGGAAACCAUGAUUGAUCUCCGGCGUGCUGGGGAUGAUUGUGGCGAGUAUUUGAUGGUUUGCUGCACAGAUGGAAACAACUCCGACCAAGCUGAUGAGGUAAAGAAUGUUCGCACGACUACUCCAACAAACGAAUUUGCAACCAGUGCUAAAGGUUCAGUCAUGUCAACUACGGAAAGUUCACUGUACGAAGGCGAAGGAAACGACGUUGAGGAAACGACUGACCCAAUGAUAGUUGAUCCAGAUGGCGAUGGUACCUCUCGUGAAAGCACUAAGGGAAACCCACAAGUCGAAUCUACUACGGAAAGUGCAAAGAACGAAGGACGUUUCAGUACGCCUGCGACCAGUGGUAAAGGUGGAGACGCUACGGUAAGACCACCAGUCGUGACCUCUACGGAAAGUUCCCUGCACAAAGGCCAGGACAGAACUCCUGGAAAGCCUGAACACCAAGCAACCACUGGUAAAGGCGGAAACGUUACAGUAUCACCACCACCCGUGUCAACGCAAAGAAUACCGACCAUUAAAGGGACAAGCACAACGAAGAGACCAAUACAACCACCACCGCUGAACAUCCCAGAGUACAAUGUGGAAGGCUGCGGACAUCGUAACCCCAAUGGGGUUGUUUUCUCUAUCCUAAACAACGUGCACAGCGAGUCCGAGUACGGCGAGUAUCCUUGGGUAGUCGCAAUCUUCGUGCCUAAUGAGACCACAUCUGAACUGCAGUACCGUUGUGGUGGAGCAUUGAUCGAUCAAGCAGCGGUACUGACCACUGCCAGCUGUGUGUACCAGUACCGCUCGAAAUCAUCGCAGCUAGUGGUUCGACUGGGUGAAUGGGAUAUGAGCACUCAGCGCGAGCCAAUACCGCAUGUCGAUAGUGAGGCAGAGAACGUACACAUUCAUCCGGAGUACAGUGUUACGACUAAAGUCAACGAUAUUGCGAUAGUGAUCCUGCGUGAAACGAUGGUGAUGAAUCAUAUGAUCGGUGUGAUCUGCUUGCCACAGGUAAAGGAUGUGCCAAUGCGCGGGGAUCUCAUAGGCGCUGGAUGGGGCGAUGCACCAUUAUUUGUGACUCCGAAGAAGUUUCCGCAAACCAUCCUCAAGAAGGCACAUCUGCAUCGCAUGUCAAAAAAAGAAUGUCAGGAAAAGUUGCGUAAACUGACGAAUCCAAACUUUCAGCUGCACGAAAGUUUUAUCUGCGCUCAGGCAACCGACACGGAGAUGUUACCAUGCCGAGGAGAUUCAGGUUCCCCGUAUGUGGUAGAAGUUUCGGGAGGUAGCGAACGUUACUAUCUGGUCGGCCUUAGCUCUUGGGGUUACGAUUGCAACAGGCAGAACACACCGACUGUGAUGACAAACGUCGCUUACCAUCGGGACUGGAUCGACAAAGUGAUUAAGCAGGAAAAUUUCAACCCAUGGACGUACACUUACGAACUCGAAGAGAGUAAAGAAAACAAAUAAAUUCGUCGAAUUAAAUGCAUUAUUUUUAUUACAAGCA